CAACUCUUAUGAUUAAAGCUCCAUUCAAACUGAUACGCUGAUUCGUAGACCCUUGUGUUGUUUAACUAGCUCAUGGUUGAGUGCUCUAAAUUCAUAGAACUCCUAGCUGCUUCUUGACUCAAGGAGAGGAGGGUACAGUGCAUGCACACAACAAAGCUUUGCAUGGCCUUGCCCUCCCUCUAUGCAGAUUUGAUCGCAUCUAAUCUUUUCUAUGGCGCCUCGCGUUGUUCCAUCUCCAGGUAGUGCACCAAGUAUAUCCCACGAUGCCCAACAAGCGUACGGCACUCUCAAGUCCGGGGGUGUUAUCAUCGCCCCGACGGAUGUUGGCUAUGCACUCAUGACCAGCACUCAAGAGGGUAUCCAGCGGAUCUUUGCUUCGAAGCUCCGCCAACCUAAUCAUAAUAUUGGAAUUAUUGGAACGUAUCGACAGCAUCGGGAGCUCCACGUUUUACCGGAAUCGAAAUUUGAAAUGACCCGUGUAGUGACAGAAGACUUGGGGAUGAUUGUGGGACUUAUCGCGAAAUUCAAUUCUCAUAGCCUGCACCCGCGCCUCGCAGCUCUGGACAAGGCCACGUUCUCUCAAGUUACUAAGGGAGAUACGAUCAGUAUUGCCGUUCCAGAAGGCCGAUUCUUGCAAGAACUCGGCCGGCUUUGUGACGAAGACCCUCAGGGUAUUUUAAUGUUUGGAACCUCUGCAAAUCUGACCGGUCAAGGGCAGCGGUUCCGCGUUGAAGACAUUGAACCCUCCGUCCGUGAAAGCGUCGAUCUAAUCGUUGACUACGGCCUGCAGAAGUGGCACAUAUACGGUCGGGGCGGGGUCAACUUUGAUGUUGAGAACAUGCGAGUCGUACGCAUGGGGGCGGGUUACGAAGUUUUCCGGGACAGGAUCCUGAGAUGGUUUCCUCACCUGGUGGAGGAAGCGGGUAUCAAACUUGACCAAGCUCCUGACCUUCGAUUGACAUAGGUAUAGAUCUGUCGAAUGCUCUGCCUGAUCUGUUUUCUAUCAUGUUUGGUGGAAAGAGCCACAUCAAAAUGAAGUAUCUGCUGUAUGAUGGCUUGAAUUUGAUAGAAAUGAGCUGAGCAACUGUGUGGAUAAUUAGAAUGGCUGGCGAAUAUUGGCUAAUUUAACUUAAUUUGAUAAUGUUUCUGAGAACUAUUUAGUCUGAUAGAUAAAAUAUAGGUUUUAAUUUAAGCUAUUUCCUUU